CGGACGGCCGGGAUCCCCAAUGAACGUCGCCCCCUGGCCCCAGUGCGGGGGUCUCUGAGCCAAUAGGCGGCGGCGGCGGGCGGGCGCAGGCGAGCCGCGGCGCGGCGGAGGCGGAGCAGGCGCUGCGGCAGGAGGGAAGAUGGCGGACGAGGAGAAGCUGCCGCCCGGCUGGGAGAAGCGCAUGAGCCGCAGCUCAGGGCGAGUGUACUACUUCAAUCACAUCACUAACGCCAGCCAAUGGGAGCGGCCCAGCGGCAACAGCACCAGUGGUGGCAAAAAUGGGCAGGGGGAGCCCGCCAGGGUCCGCUGCUCACACCUGCUGGUCAAGCACAGCCAGUCAAGGCGGCCCUCGUCCUGGCGGCAGGAGAAGAUCACUCGGACCAAGGAGGAGGCCCUAGAGCUGAUCAACGGCUACAUCCAGAAGAUCAAGUCUGGAGAGGAAGACUUUGAGUCUCUGGCCUCACAGUUCAGCGACUGCAGCUCGGCCAAGGCCAGGGGAGACCUGGGUGCCUUCAGCAGAGGUCAGAUGCAGAAGCCAUUUGAAGACGCCUCGUUUGCGCUGCGGACGGGCGAGAUGAGCGGGCCGGUGUUCACGGACUCCGGCAUCCACAUCAUCCUGCGCACGGAGUGAGGCGCGCGGCGUCCCCGCCCUGCUGCCGCCGUCACACAGUAUUUAUUGUUCCCAAAAUGGCUGGGAGGGGGGCUCUUCCAGUCUGGGGGCUCUGGGGCCCCACUCCCGGGCUGCCCCUGCCAGGCUCCCCCUUUAAAGAAUUGACUUCAGAAGGGCAGCGGGGGCGGGGAGGCUCCCGGGCCCAGGGGUAGGGGGUGUCCCGAAGAGAAGGCCGGGUCAGCGGAGCCGCCCUGUGGCCCCCGGGGUCCUGGAGGCAGACGGGGGUCCCUGGGUCAUUGUUUCUAGUUAACGCCACGUUCCUCUGUUCAGCUGCAAAAAGCAAACGCCCUGUGCGGCCCACAGCUCUCAGAGCCCUCCCUGAGCGGUGGCGCCACGCCCUUUGCCACCCCGA